AUGAUAGUUAAGAGAAGGAAAGUAGAAGGGCACGUAGAGCUCAGUAUCGUCACUAAGUGCGAUGAAAAUAACAUUGACUAUUUUCAUAAGAAAGAUGACCAAACACUGAAGAUGAACGCAGGAGCCUUUUACCUACCAAAAGACGACAAAGAAAGACCACAAGGAGAAGACGCUCAUUUUAUUUGCAAAGAAAAGUUAACCAUUGGUGUUGCAGAUGGCGUUGGAGGUUGGGCAAGAAAAGGCGUCGAUGCCGGCAUAUAUGCUCGCCGACUCAUGGAAAACUCCAUUAUUGCGCUUCAAGGUGAAAAGAAAGGAAGCGUAAAUCCCAGAAAAGUUCUACAGGAGGCUUAUUCAAACACUAAUGUUAAAGGUUCGUCAACCGCCUGUAUCAUUACUAUUGAUAGCAAUAAUUGCUUGCAUUAUGUCAAUCUUGGAGAUAGUGGAUUUCUGCUAUUUAGAGAAAACAAAUAUAUUUACAAGUCUAAGGUGCAGCAACAUGAGUUUAAUCACCCAUAUCAACUAGGGACUUGCAGUGAUGAUCUGCCUUGUUUGGCUUAUGAGGAAAAGAUUCUUGUGGAAGCUGGAGAUAUUGUAGUUGCAGGAACUGAUGGUUUGCUUGAUAACAUUUAUCCAUCUGAAAUAACGAAGAUCUUGGAGAAAGCUGAUGGGAAAAAUGAAGUAUCUGCAGAGGAAUUAGCUUGGAGAAUUGUAGAACGUGCUUUGUUUAAUUCUGUUGAUGAAGAAUAUCAUUCUCCUUUUGCUAGAGAGGCUGAGAUGGCUGGGUACUUGCAUACUGGAGGCAAAUAUGAUGAUAUUACAGUCAUUGUUUGUCAAUUUAAGUAA